UCCGCCCACCUCCCUUUCUGCCUCCGCAGCCACCAUGGCGCCCGUGAAAAAGCUGGUGGCGAAGGGGGGCAAAAAAAAGAAGCAAGUUCUGAAGUUUACCCUUGAUUGCACCCACCCUGUAGAAGAUGGAAUCAUGGAUGCGGCCAAUUUUGAGCAGUUUCUUCAGGAGAGAAUCAAAGUGAAUGGAAAAGCUGGAAAUCUCGGUGGAGGGGUGGUAACCAUUGAAAGGAGCAAAAGCAAGAUUACUGUAACUUCCGAGGUGCCUUUUUCCAAAAGGUAUUUGAAAUAUCUGACCAAAAAGUGCUUGAAGAAGAAUAACCUCCGUGACUGGCUGCAUGUGGUGGCCAACAGCAAGGAGAGCUACGAGCUACGCUACUUCCAGAUCAACCAGGACGAGGAGGAGGAGGAGGAGGACGAGGAUUAGAAGUCCUGUGUCUGGGAUAUUUAGUAUAAUUUUUAAAUAAAAUCUAGGAAUCACAAAAAAAAA